UGCACUUUGUCUAUUAUAAAUAGCCAGCCCAUCAAACCCCUACAGAGCAUUAGGGCUAUAACAUUCCAUCAAGGCCAUGAACAAGCUAACUUGUCUCUUCCCUCUCCUCUUUCUCAUCCCCCUCUUAGCCUCAUGUGCCGAAAAAAAACAGGUGUAUAUAGUCUAUUUUGGAGAACAUAAAGGUGAUAAAGCCUUACAUGAAAUAGAAGAACAUCAUCAUUCUUAUCUUCACUCGGUUAAAGAAUCCGAAGAAGAGGCUAGAGCAUCGCUCUUGUAUAGCUACAAACAUAGCAUCAAUGGCUUCGCGGCUGAGCUAACCCCGGACGAAGCCUCUAAACUAGAAAAAUUGGCAGACGUUGUUUCGGUAUUCAAGAGCCAUCCAAGAAAAUAUGAAGCGCAUACUACACGGUCAUGGGAGUUUGUAGGAUUGGAGGAGGAGGAAACCGAUGACAUUGAUGCACGACCUCUAAAAAACGAUGUAGAUGAUCGGUUUCGUGUCGGGAGAAAGUUUUUAAGGAAGGCCAAACAUGGUGAUGGUAUCAUCGUCGGUGUUCUCGACAGUGGUGUGUGGCCAGAAUCAAGGAGUUUCAGUGACAAAGGAAUGGGACCUAUUCCAAAGUCAUGGAAAGGAAUCUGCCAAACCGGAGUUGCUUUUAACUCUUCUCACUGUAACCGGAAAAUAAUUGGAGCGAGGUAUUACGUGAAAGGAUACGAAAAAUAUUUCGGAGCGUUCAACGUUACAGCAAACAAAGACUUCUUGUCGCCACGCGAUCCCGACGGACAUGGAUCCCACACAGCCUCUACUGCCGUUGGUCGUCGGGUCUACGGUGCAUCAGCACUCGGCGGUUUUGCAAUGGGCUCGGCCUCGGGUGGUGCACCAUUAUCUCGUCUAGCUGUUUACAAAGCUUGUUGGGCCAAGCCCAACGAGGAAAAAGUUGGCGGAAAUGUCUGUUUACAAGAAGACAUGCUUGCCGCGAUCGAUGACGCGAUCGCUGAUGGCGUUCACGUAAUCAGCAUUUCGAUCGGAACGACCGAUCCUUUGCCGUUUCAACAAGAUGGAAUUGCGAUUGGAGCGUUGCAUGCAAUUAAAAGGAAUAUUGUGGUUGCGGCUAGCGCUGGGAAUUCAGGGCCAAAGCCUGGGACUUUGUCGAAUCCGGCACCGUGGAUUAUUACCGUUGGAGCUAGUACUCUUGAUCGGGCUUUUGUUGGCGGCCUUGCUCUUGGUAAUGGCUACACAAUCAAGACGGAGUCGAUAACGGCAUUUAAAAUGGACAAAUUUGCGCCUCUUGUUUACGCUGCUAACGUGGUUGUUCCCGGCAUUGCAUUGAACGAUUCAUCGCAAUGUUUACCGAAUUCACUAAGACCGGAGCUUGUGGCUGGUAAAGUGGUAUUAUGUUUAAGAGGAGCCGGUUCAAGAAUCGGUAAAGGUAUAGAGGUAAAACGAGCCGGAGGAGCCGGUAUGAUUCUUGGAAACGCCCCGGCUAACGGCAAUGAAAUUCCGUCGGACUCUCACUUUGUUGCGACUGCCGCUGUUACCCCAACCGUGGUCGAGAAAAUUCUAGAUUACAUCAAAACCGAUAAAAACCCGAUGGCUUUUAUUAAACCGGGGAAAACGGUUUACAAAUACACAGCAGCUCCUUUGAUGACCGGGUUUUCUAGCCGCGGUCCAAACGUGGUAGAUCCCAACAUUUUAAAGCCGGAUAUUACCGCACCUGGACUGAACAUACUGGCUGCAUGGAGCGGAGCAGAUUCACCAAGCAAAGUUUCAGUAGAUCAAAGAGUUGCAGAUUUUAAUAUUUACACAGGAACUUCAAUGUCUUGUCCUCAUGUUUCUGGUGCGAUUGCUCUUCUCAAAGCUAUUCAUCCUAAAUGGAGUAGUGCUGCUAUAAGAUCUGCUCUUAUGACCACUGCUUGGAUGACUAACGACGAGAAGAAACCAAUCCAAGACGUUGAUGGUUUACCCGCAAACCCAUUUGCACUUGGGUCAGGACAUUUCAGACCAACCAAAGCUGCAGACCCCGGUUUAGUCUAUGAUGCAUCAUACCGAGCUUACCUUCUCUAUGGCUGCUCAGUUAAUUUCACCGAUAUUGACCCGACAUUCAAAUGUCCUAGUAAAAUCCCUCCCGGUUACAAUCUCAACUAUCCGUCCGUCGCGAUCCCGAAUCUAAACAGGAUGGUGACCGUUAAAAGAACGGUUACAAAUGUUGGAAUUGGUAACUCGACAAGCACAUACUUAUUCAACGCUAACCCACCAUCAAGUGUUUCGGUUGAGGCUAUACCGAAUGUGUUGGUCUUUAACCGGAUUGGUCAGAAGCAGCGGUUUAAAAUCGUGAUUAAACCACGGACGGACCUGGUGUUGAAUGCGACUGAAAAGGGUCAAUACCAAUUUGGAUGGUUUAGUUGGACAGAUAGUGACCAUGUUGUGAGGAGUCCAAUUGCUGUUUCCUUAGCUUGAUUGUUGUUUGCUUAAUUGGUAUUUUUGGUUUGGAUUUUAUAGCGGUCAAAAGUGAAAGAAAUAGAAACUCUUUUUUCUAAUCACUCUAUAGACUCCAUUUGUUUAAUAAAUCAAAGAAGCAUUGUCAUCGUUGUUA